AUGCACAUUAGAGCUUUCGAAAUGGAAAAGGAACAAUCUAAAAUGAAAUCAAAACAGGAUUCAAAGAAUGAGAGCAUCUUUAUUCAAAACGAAAUUAACAAUUGCGAAUUCUGUGGAGCAAACACAAGUAUUUCAUAUUUCAGGGAAUAUAUUGGAAAUCCCUUAGCAUUUAUAUAUUUAUUCUACAAUAAGCUAAGUGGAGGAAACAUUGAAACUUACUUCACAAAAUACCUUAAAGAGAUAGUCUUGGAUGUAGAUGGUAUUAUUACUCAUAUGAAUUUUGUGGAUAUGAUUUCAGAUAUGGAAUUUGGAAUAAAUAGAGUGAAGAACUCUUUAAAAAUAACUAAUAAAGAUGUUUGCAUUGUUGGUGUUGGGGGGGAUGGGAGCUUUAGUACAUUGGUAAAUACAUUUUUGGAAACUAUUCCAGAACACAAAGACAGACUCAUCUUUGCUGUUUUACCUUUUGGAACAGGGAAUGAUUGGGCAAGAAGUUUUGGAUGGAGUAGCUAUGGAAAUAUGAAGUUUAUGAAAGAUGACUUCUCCCCAUUAAUAGACCUUGCAAGAGGAAUCUUCACUUCAAACUUAAUAAAUUUUGAUACCUGGAUGGUCGAGGUUGAGAUAUAUGAUCGUGAAGAUUCCAGUUUUCAGAGGGUUAAUCCAAACACUCAAGAGCUUGAAAGGGUAAACAAUAGUAAUGAUGAAAAUAAAAAGCUACUUGUACUGAAGAAGAGAUGUAUCAAUUAUUUUAGCUUUGGAGAGGAAUCUAGGGUUGGAAUUACCUUUGACACUUAUAGGAAAAAGAAUGUGCUUUUAAAUAGAGCAUUAUAUGGUUUAGCUGGCUCCAUGUUUACAGUUAAUAAUAAGUAUCAAAGUAAUAUUCCUCUCUCACAUAGCACCAGAAAAAUCUACCUAGUAGAUCCCAAAUCUUCGAAUCAGGAGACUUGUAAUCAAGAAUGUGGAUUAUGCCCAAAAGGCACAAUUCAUAGUUCCGAGGACGCCCAAGAGAACUCAAUAUGUCCAACACUACUUAGUAGCGUUUCACUAGUGUUUCUAAACAUUGAAACUUUUGGAGGAGGCGUAAAAUUAUGGAAGAAUUCCAAGAAUAUAGCACCAUCCAUUAUCAAAGCCUCGUCCAAUCUUAAUUUCGGGGGAAUGGUUGGUAAUUUAAGUUCUUUUCUGAUAAAUCCUAUUUCUUUAGAUUUUGAUACUUUUAAACAAGUUAAAAGCCGUGAAUUAAGGGAAGACACCGAAUCUAGUUCAGAAUCAGAAUCUUACACAAAUCAUAAGUUUGACUCCGAAUCUGAGAUCAAUUUUGAUUCCGAUAAGUCUAUUUUGGACCCAAAAGAGUCUGAUAUUAAUAGCUUAAGUGAAGUGCAAAAUAACGAUGUAAUUAACUCAAACCAAGGCGAUCAAAUUCAAAAAACCAUUGAGGAUGAAAUUUUAAAAAUCGUUCCAGAUUCUUCUGACAGAAAACUUGAGAUUAUGAGUUUUUCAGGCUUAAUGGAUUUUAGUUCUAUAUUCUUACCAUAUAUGAGUACAGCAAAAAAAGUGGGGCAAUUUUCACCCUUUCAAACUGGUUCACCACACUCUUGUGAAGACAAACUAUCUCCAAAAGUUAGUGAUUUAAAAGUUCAAAACUCUACCGAAAGCUCCAAUUAUUGUAAAAAUCAAGGCAAAACUCUAAAGAUGGAGUUUUACGACAAAAAUAACUCCGAAUAUCAGUCUAGUUUGAUUGAAGUAUACUUUCAGAUUGAUGGGGAGUAUUAUUUUGCAAAGGAGCCAAAGCAGUGUUCUGUUAACUAUGAUCAAAAAAUUAAAGUACUCAAGUGCAUUAUUCCAUAUAGUCCAUUUAAAAACAUCCAUUAG